GCGGCAUGGGUCAUCUCUUGGUGCGUGAAAUUCACCAAGUGGUGAAAGACAAGCGUGAGGGCAAGAUUGAGAGGCUUUGCAACAAGAAGAUCCCAGUUCCAGCGCAUCUGUGUAGAUGCCAGGAGCUGGGAAACCUUGCUCUCUUGAUGUUGCUGGUGCUCAUGUGCAUCUAUGAGCCGAUCUGGUGGUGUGUCGGUGACAUGUACGGAAACUAUCCGGGUGCCGGGUUGUUCACAACGAUGUGUCCGGCAGCAACCGUCCUUAAAGACACUUACGUUGUCCUGGCGUGCGCCGCCAUGAUCUUGUAUUGCAUUCUCAUCCUUGACCUCAGCAUCGUUUCCAUGCGUAUCUCCGCAUUCGUGCUGGUGUGCGGACGGGUCUUUGAGGAGGUGGCGCUGUUCCUGGGGGCGGCGUCUUUUUUCAUCCUCACCUUUGCGCUUGGCAUCUGCACACUGAACAACCAGAGUGCAAGAUUUGCUG